UGGAAACCACCGUCCGCUUAUGACCACCGACAAACCGCCAUGUCUUCAACUGUGCUCGAAAGCCAAUCCCUAACCCUUGACUCCACCACUCGCUACCUGGGCGCUCACACCACCGUCUCCUCUCAACCGCCGCCCAUUUCCCACCCCCUCCCCCCGCUUCCUUCCUCACUUCCCCAACCCAAACUCAUUCCUAAAACCCGCUUUAUCAUCGACGGUUUCAAACACGCCGGUGACUUCUCCGUCUCUUACUUCCUUUCUCACUUCCACUCUGAUCACUACACCGGGCUCAACCCCUUUUGGUCGAAAGGCGUCAUUUAUUGCUCCUCCGUCACUGCCCGCCUUCUUAUUGAAGUCCUCAAAGUCCCCUCGGCCUUCGUUGUUGCAUUGCCCCUCUCCGAACGGUUUCUGAUAGACGGAUGUGAGGUUGUCCUCGUUGACGCCAACCAUUGUCCCGGGGCAGUUCAGUUUUUGUUUAAGGUUCCAGUUAAUGGAGGUAAAUUCGAGAAAUAUGUUCAUACCGGUGAUUUUCGCUAUUCUGAUUCCAUGAAAUUGGUACCGUUGCUAAGUGAAUUCAUUGGUUCUGAUGCUGUGUUUUUGGAUACUACCUACUGUAACCCGAAAUAUGUCUUUCCGGGACAGCAGGAGUCAAUUGAAUACAUUGUUGGGGUUAUAGAGAGAGUUGGAGCUGAAAAUGAGGGUAAGUUGAAGAAUGUUUUGUUUCUUGUUGCUACUUAUGUUAUUGGGAAAGAGAAGAUUUUGCUGGAAAUUUCACAGAGGUGUAAGAUGAAGAUUCAUGUCAACGCCAGGAAAAUGGCUGUUUUGAGUGUUCUGGGGUUGGGGGAGUGUGGAGUGUUUACUGAGGAUGAGACGGAGAGUAAUGUUCAUGUUGUUGGUUGGAAUGUGUUGGGCGAGACUUGGCCGUAUUUUCGACCUAAUUUUGUUAGCAUGAAGGAAAUUAUGAAGGACAGAGGGUAUUCUAAGGUUGUGGGAUUUGUUCCGACAGGAUGGACUUAUGAAGUGAAGAAGAAUAAGUUUGCGGUGAGGACAAAGGAUUCAUUUGAAAUACACCUUGUGCCUUAUAGUGAGCAUUCAAAUUAUGAUGAACUUAGGGAGUACAUAAAGUUUUUGAAACCUAAACGUGUUAUACCUACAGUGGGCAUUGAUGUGGAGAAACUUGAUGGUAAACAUGCAAAUGCACUUCGAAAACAUUUUGUGGGUUUGGUUGAUGAGAUGGCUGCUAAGGAAGAAUUCUUGAUGGGUUUCCACCAAAAGGCCAAGGAGGGGGUUGGGAAGGAUGACAAUGCUGGUUCUUCAGCGCCAACUGUUUUGUUAAAGCAGGGGAGUGAGGAUAUGUUGUCCGUAAUUGAAUGCAGCAAAAAUAUUGAGAACGAUGAUGUUUUAAACUCUUCACUUUCUAAGGAGGGAAGUGCUUCACAUGAUAUUGAGAUUGUAAAUCAAGAGGACAUAGAGGAAUCUACACAAGAACUUUGUGACUGUUUACCCAGCUGGGUCACUCGAAGUCAGAUGUUGGAUUUACUCAACAGCUCAGGAAGAAAUGUAGUUGAAGCGGUUUCCCAGUUUUAUGAACAUGAAACUGAGUUUUAUGAGCAAGUUGCUUCAAACAUAUCCUCUGCAUGUAAAUCUCCCUCAAACUCAGAAUUAGUAGAGUGCAAAUUGCCAGCUAAGUCAACAGAAGGUUUAUUUGCAUCGUCUGCUAAACUAAGUGGAGUUGAAUCUGGAUUGCCUUAUAAAUGCUGUCCUGAUAAUAUGCUUUCUAAAACUCAGGAUAUAUCUUUUAGAGAAAGGCUUAAGCUACCAAGAACUAUUAACCCAAGUAAGAGUGGAAGUUCUCCAGGGAAGAGGAAGAGAACUCCUGAAAAUAAAACAAGCAAAAAAGCUAAAAGGAAAACAAUUCCGGAGUCAAAUGGGCCAAAACAGCAUACUAUAACAAAGUUUUUCCAAAAAUUAGUCCCUUCUGUUUCUCAAGCUGAAGACAUUGUAGCUGCAUCUGGGCAUUCUCAUGAUGAUGAUGCUGUGAUGUUAAAUCACUGUACUGAGAGAUACAAAGUCGAGGUGGAUCAGUUUAUUCAGAUUGUGAAUGGCGACAACGCAUUAAGAAGGCAUGCUGCUGAGAUCUUGGAGAAGACAAAAGGAGAUGUUAAUGUGGCACUAGAUAUCUAUUUUAACAAUUCUGGUGGUAGUAUCAUGGAGAAAAAAGUCAGCCUGUCAGAGAGAAUUAAUGAGUUCCAGAUUCAACCGUCAAAAGGGAAUAGCUCUUCUGACCAAUGUGCUCAGACGUUAGAGGGAUUGACAUGUGAGACUGUCACAUCUUUAACUGUACAACCAACAGAUAAUGUAGCUGUGAAUUACGUAUCGUUACUGCCUGAAAAAUAUUCUCCCAUUGAGCAUGCUUGCUGGAAAAAGGGGGAGCCUGCCCCAUACCUACAUCUUGCACGAUGUUUUAAUCUGCUUGAGGAAGAAAGGGGUAAAAUAAAAGCUACAUCGAUGCUUUGCAAUAUGUUUAGGAGCUUGCUGACCUUGUCUCCAGAAGAUGUGUUACCUUCUGUGUACUUGUGUACCAACAAGAUUGCUCCUGACCAUGAGAACAUGGAACUUAAUAUUGGUGGUAGCAUUGUUGUAGCAGCAUUGGAAGAUGCUUGUGGGACAAACAAAUCUAGAGUGCGUGACUUGUAUAACAGCCUAGGUGAUCUUGGUGAUGUUGCUCAGCUUUGUCGAACAACACAACCACUACUUGUUCCUCAUGCUGGGCUUACUGUUCGAGGUGUCUAUUCUGUUCUUCGAAAGAUAAGUUUACAAACAGGUAGUGGAAGCACAGCUCGGAAGAAAAACCUUAUAGUGAAUCUUAUGCGUUCAUGUAGAGAAAUGGAGAUGAAGUUUCUUGUCAGGACCUUGGUUAGAAAUUUGCGUAUUGGAGCGAUGAUGAGAACUGUUUUGCCUGCAUUAGCACAAGCUAUUGUAAUAACCUCCAGUGAAGGACCUGUUGAAAAUUUGAAGGAUCAUCUUCAGUGCCUUUCUUCAGCUGUCGUUGACGCUUAUAACAUACUUCCUCAUUUGGAUUUACUAAUACCCAAAUUAAUGGAGAAAGGAGUUCAAUUUUCUUCAAUGGCUUUAUCAAUGGUUCCUGGCAUACCCAUCAAGCCAAUGCUUGCAAAGAUUACUAAUGGAUCCCCUCAGGUUCUGAAGCUCUUUCAAAACAAAGCCUUGACGUGUGAAUAUAAAUAUGAUGGCCAGCGAGCCCAAAUUCACAGAUUAGAUAAUGGAUCUGUUCAUGUAUUCUCACGGAGUGGGGAUGAAACAACAACAAAAUUCCCUGAUUUAUUAGAUAUAAUUGGGGAAGCAUGCGGCUCUGCUUCAAUAACUUUCAUAGUGGAUGCAGAGGUAGUUGCAAUUGAUAGGAAGAAAAAUAUGAAGCUUAUGUCAUUCCAAGAAUUAUCUUCUCGGGAAAGAGGAAGUAAAGAUUCCAUGGUUUCUGUAGGAAAAAUAAAGGUUGAUAUUUGUGUUUUCAUCUUUGAUAUUAUGUUCGCGAAUGGGAAGCAGUUGUUGAGCCUUCCCCUUCGCCAAAGACGGAUGCAUUUGAAGGACUUGUUUGGUCAGGAGAGACCAGGUUAUUUGGAGUAUGCAAAAGAAAUUACGGUGGAGGCAGAAGAUGCUUGUCCAAAUAAUGAAGCCACAUUGACCAGGAUGAAUUGUUUUCUUGAUAAUGCAAUCCAUUCCUCCUGUGAAGGAGUCAUGGUUAAAUCUCUUGAUGUGGAUGCUGGAUAUACUCCGUCAAAGCGUUCUGAUGCAUGGUUAAAGGUGAAAAGAGAUUAUGUGGAAGGUCUAAGUGAUUCGUUGGAUUUAGUCCCUAUAGGUGCUUGGCACGGGAAUGGAAGAAAAGCAGGAUGGUACAGCCCUUUCCUUAUGGCCUGCUACAAUCCUGAUACGGAAGAGUUCCAGAGUGUAUGCCGUGUCAUGUCUGGGUUUUCAGAUUCCUUCUACAAAGAGAUGAAAGAUUUCUUCUCUGGGGACAAAAUCCUUGCAAAGAAGCCUUCUCAUUAUCGAACUGUGGAGGUGCCUGAUAUGUGGUUUGCUGCAGAAUUAGUGUGGGAGAUCAGGGGUGCAGAUUUCACAGUCUCCCCUGUUCACCAUGCAGCCAUUGGUUUAAUUCAUCCGUCCCGUGGGAUCUCAGUCAGGUUCCCCAGAUUUGUUGGAUCUGUAUCUGAUAGAAAUCCUGAGGAAUGUAGCACAUCUGCAGAUAUAGCAGAAAUGUUCAAUUCUCAAACUCGAAAGAUGAACCUCGACAAAAUAGUUUGAGCUGAGCUUUUGUAUCACUGUAGAUGGAUAAGCUUUUUGUAUGAUGUAGCAAUAUAAACAAGAUUCCUUCCA